CUAACCUGUAAGAGAAAAACUCAUCUGAAUUUGAUUGCAGGGUUGGUUCCAAUGGGGUGCAUUUCAUGCGCCAUUCCCAGGUUUCUCCGACCGACCACCACCGUAUCGCCGCCGCUCAAGUUUCAAUUUUUUGCUUUCCGCUGCCGUACAGCGGCGGCGGCGGCAGUGUAUCCUGCUCUAUCCUUACCAGAAAGGGACGAAAUAAGAAGCCCGGAACUCGUCGCCCGAGAAUAUGCUGACCUCAAUCUCUCCGACAAAUUCUGCCAGGAGGUGGGUCAUGUUAGAAUCCGGCAGCAUGUUAAUCCUCUCCGGUCAUCUCUCAUGGUUCCAGUGGAAGUGCCAGAUUGGGAUGCUGUGUACAAUGACACUACAUUGCCGUUGAUGGUUGAUAUUGGUAGUGGUAGUGGUCGAUUUCUCUUGUGGCUUGCCAAAAGAAACACCGGUUCCAGGAACUAUCUGGGAUUGGAAAUACGUCCAAAAUUAGUAAAACGUGCUGAAUACUGGGUAAAUGAGCUGGCAUUGAAGAAUAUACAUUUUGUUUUUGCCAAUGCAACGGUCUCUUUCAAACAACUUGUGUCCACAUAUCCUGGUCCCUUGGUUUUAGUAUCUAUAUUGUGCCCAGAUCCUCAUUUCAAGAAAAAGCAUCACAAAAGGAGGGUAGUCCAGAAGCCUCUGGUUGAGUCAAUUGUAGAUGGCUUAGUUCCUGGAGGACAGAUCUUCAUACAAUCUGAUGUCCUGGAUGUGGCACUUGACAUGAGGGACUAUUUUGAUGCUGAGUCCAAUAAACUUGCACAUAUUGACUGCAUUAAUCCUACUAUCCCUUGUGAUGACAAGGGAUGGUUGCUGAAUAACCCAAUGGGAAUACGGACAGAAAGAGAAAUCCAUGCUGAAUUCGAAGGUGCUAGAAUUUACCGAAGGAUGUAUCAGAAACAGUGUUGAUCACCGACUCACUGAUUGAAUUGUCAGUCGUGUUCUUGGAUCAGAAAGUGGCUUCUCAAAUCUGCUGUGUUUGAGCUGACCAAAUCAUAGCCUGUCUUAUGAAAUCCUUCGCCCCAUUUUGAGAUGGGAUUCUUGUACCAAUCGUGACGGUUAAAUCCCACAACUCAGGAAGACGAGAUUCUACAGUUGUUUGAGCUUGUCUCUGAUGUCUCCUUCAUGGAUCCAUCAAAGCACCAUUGAUGCAUGUCUGGGGUGAAUGCCUAUUCAAGUGCUGAAGUGCUCUCUGAGAUGUAUGAUCUGUUUGAAUUAAGUAAUGGUGAUAUGAUUUGCUCUCUUGUUUUAUGAAAAAGAAAGCCAAAGAGCAUUAGCAAUUCAGGAGUUAGCUGUGUCUAUAUAAAUGUCAAUAUCUGGUGCUUCACCUUUUAAAUUAUGAUAAUAAUAACUAAAUGUCGGACUA